GAACACGUGGAACCCACUCUUCCCUAUAAAUUCUCCCUCACACCCCUCGUUUGUUCUUCCUCUAAACCUCCAACUCUCUCGUCCGCUGGGUUUCCCUUUGAACUCCAUUUGACUCUUCAACCACACAAAGCCGUAACAGACUCGACAAACCCUAGAUCUUCCUCUGCUCGUUUCCCAGCGCUCGUUGCCGAUCGAUCGCCGACCACAGAUCGCAUCACGCAAUCUCGGUUAAGAUAAAGGAUGGUGUCGGACGCGAGUAAGAAGAAGGCGGCGCAGAAGAAGGCUGCCGCGGCGGCGAAGAGAGGAGGUAAGGUGGCGGCGGCGGCUUCGUCAAAGGCGGCGGCCGAGUCGCAAAAUGGAGCCGAUAAGCUUGCCGAUGGAGUUGGGGAGCUUCAGAUUUCGGAUCGGACUUGCACUGGCGUGCUCUGUUCGCAUCCUCUUUCCAGAGAUAUUCGAAUAGAGUCCCUGUCUGUCACAUUUCACGGACAUGAUCUUAUAGUGGAUACUGAACUGGAGCUCAAUUAUGGCAGGCGUUAUGGUUUGCUUGGAUUGAAUGGGUGUGGGAAGUCUACACUACUAACUGCCAUAGGGUGUCGAGAGCUUCCAAUUCCAGAACACAUGGAUAUUUAUCACCUCACCCGAGAAAUUGAAGCUUCUGACAUGUCUGCACUUGAGGCUGUAAUUAGUUGUGAUGAGGAGAGGUUAAGAUUGGAGAAAGAAGCUGAAUUCUUGGCAGCACAGGAUGAUGGUGGUGGAGAACAGCUGGAACGUGUUUAUGAACGUCUGGAUGCCAUGGAUGCAUCUACAGCUGAGAAACGUGCAGCUGAAAUAUUGUACGGUCUUGGAUUUAACAAGCAUAUGCAGGCAAAGAAAACUCGAGAUUUUUCAGGUGGCUGGAGAAUGAGGAUUGCCUUAGCCAGGGCUUUGUUCAUCAAACCAACCAUUCUUUUGCUUGAUGAGCCAACUAAUCAUCUUGACCUUGAAGCUUGCGUGUGGUUAGAGGAGACUCUGAAGAACUUUGACCGCAUUCUGGUUGUGAUAUCCCACUCCCAGGACUUUCUGAAUGGUGUCUGCACAAACAUCAUCCACAUGCAAAACAAGAAACUGAAGAUUUAUACUGGCAACUAUGAUCAAUACGUUCAGACCCGUUCUGAGCUGGAAGAGAACCAGAUGAAACAGUACAAGUGGGAGCAGGAACAGAUUGCUUCAAUGAAGGAAUAUAUAGCCAGGUUUGGGCACGGUUCAGCAAAACUGGCUCGCCAAGCACAAAGCAAAGAGAAAACUCUGGCGAAAAUGGAGCGUGGUGGCCUUACUGAGAAGGUUGUGAGGGACAAGGUUUUGGUCUUCCGUUUUGUGGAUGUGGGCAAGCUCCCUCCUCCUGUGCUUCAGUUUGUUGAAGUAACAUUUGGUUACACACCUGAUAAUCUUAUCUAUAAAAACCUCGAUUUUGGAGUGGAUUUGGACUCGCGAAUUGCCCUGGUCGGACCCAAUGGAGCUGGAAAGAGUACGCUGCUGAAGCUGAUGACAGGGGAUUUAGUUCCUCUUGAUGGCAUGGUCCGACGGCAUAAUCAUCUUAGGAUUGCUCAGUUCCAUCAGCACUUGGCUGAGAAGCUUGACUUGGAAAUGCCUGCCCUGCAGUAUAUGAUAAAAGAGUAUCCAGGGAACGAGGAAGAAAAAAUGCGGGCUGCAAUUGGUAAGUUUGGUCUGUCAGGCAAAGCGCAGGUGAUGCCGAUGAAGAAUUUGUCAGAUGGGCAAAGGAGCCGAGUAGUCUUUGCUUGGCUAGCAUAUAGGCAGCCCCAUUUGCUCCUCCUGGAUGAGCCAACGAACCACUUGGAUAUUGAGACAAUUGACUCGCUAGCCGAGGCAUUGAACGAGUGGGAUGGUGGUUUGGUUCUCGUUAGCCACGAUUUCAGGCUCAUUAACCAGGUCGCCGAGGAGAUUUGGGUGUGUGAAAAUCAGGCUGUGACCCGAUGGGAGGGUGACAUUAUGGACUUCAAGGAGCACCUGAAGCAAAAGGCUGGUUUAUCUGAUUGAGUCGCUGAUAGUGUUUUACUAUUUGUAAAGAUUGGCUUUGGGCUCUGUUUUCGGUGCUCUUCUUAGGCAGUCUUCUAGUUAUGGAUCAUGACGAAAGCCAAAUGGGUUAUCAAUGGCUUGUUUAUUGUUUCAAGCCCCCUGUAUGAGCAGAGCAGCUAUUCUAUGCUCUAUUAAUAGGUGGUAUUUUUUAUUUUAAUCAUUUAGAUAAUAUUUCUAUCUUUCUUGGUUAUUAACCAAAGUUUACUUUUAGACACCGA